AUGUCUGACCCGGAGGCAAAACCUUCAACUGAGGACUUGGGGGAUAAAAAGGAAGGAGAGAACACUAAACUCAAAGUCAUCAGACAGGAUAGCAGUGAGAUUCACUGCAAGGUGAAAAUGAUGAUGCAUCACAAGAACCUCAAAGAAUCAUACUGUCAAAGACAGGGAGUUCCCAUGAAUUCACUCAGGUUUCUCUUUGAAGGUCAGAGAAUUGCUGAUACUCACACUCCAAAAGAACUGGAAAUGGAGGAAGAAGAUGUGAUUGAAGUUUAUCAGAAACAAACGGGGGCUUUCAAUGGAUUUCCUGAGGACUGCCACAGGAUGUGCAACAAGCAGCAGGGGCCAAGGCUUUAA